AUGAGCCCUCAAUGGAUACCACAGAAUAUACAAAAGAGACUACUACUAUACGUACUCAACCAACUAUCUCUAUUCUCAGAAGUAGACUUGCCAAACCUCGAAGAAGUAUCGCUCAAUAACAUCACGCUAAGGGAUAUAAGUAUUGAUCCUGAAAAGGCGGGCAAACUCCCAGGUUUCAAUCUUCGGCAUGGUAAAGUGGGACUUUUAGAGGUAUCAACGAUCUCUGGGAUCAGUGGAGUGAAAAUUGACGCAAAGGGAGUCGAGCUUGUUUUGUCCCCAGAUUAUGAUGACGAAACCACUGCUAGCCAUUCCCAGUUCCUCUUGGCGCAAACCACUGCCGACUUGGCCAACACCAUCAUGUUGGAGACCGACAACUACGAAGUGGACAAGAGCGAAUAUGCCAUUGAUAGUGAGAGUGACUCGGAGGACUCUACGCCUAUUGUUCCAUCCACCAGAAGGCGAAGCUCAGCAAUUUCAAAUAAUUCAACUAUAGGAAAUGUUAUGCAAAGAGCAAUGGAAAUGGCAUUACUGAGACUACAAAUACUCAUUUCAAAUUUAAGAAUCAAGUUGAUUACGGAGCUGACAGAUUUGUUGGUUGAAGUGAAGCAGGUCAAAAUAACUACCGUAAAUGGAACACGAAAUAUCACUGUAGAUGGUGUCACAAUCAAAACUUUACGACCAGUGGUACCUCGAGGAGAAAGUGAGACUCAAAAAGGUGGCGCUGAAACUGCAAACAAGUCAGAGGAUGAGGAGAACGAAAACUCCUCCGACUAUGGAGACGAAGCGUUGAUGAAUAGUAUGGUAUUUACUCACGAAGAGGCAAGCUCGAUAUACAUGAGUGCAACAUCUCAAUCCUUUGGAAAGUCAGUUGCUUCUGACGGUCCGGUUGACAACAAACAAGACGACGAAACUGUGGAUGAACCACCAAUUUUGUUCCAUAUGAACCUGUGUGAUAUUGAAUUUGAUGGACUCAAGGCCAUAUCGAAUUUGGAGGUCAAGGUCGGUAAAGUGAAGCUUGCAUCAACCCCGACAACCGCGACACUAGUAUCUAUAUUCGAGGGCAUUGCUAAAACUUUAAAAGUCAAGCUUUAUCAAAUGAAGAGAAAGUCUUUGUCGAAAGGGCAUAAAAAGAAUGACAGGUUUCCACAAUAUUCUAAUGAAGAUGACGGAGUGGAUAGUGAGUCUUCAACAGAGGAUGCAAAUGAAUCUGAACCGUUAUUUAAUAGUGUCACCAUAGCAAGCUUGCAGGUUGCAUUGAGCGCGGCAAUACAACGGGAUGGAUCAUUUGUUGACCUGAAUGGGCUCAUAAUUAAUCUCGAAAAUAUCACAGCCAAGCAGAAAAAUGAGUUGCUAUUGUUUGGCGGUGUUGAAACCGUGGAAGUUAUACGUUCCUCGAAACACAUUGGUUCCAAAGUUUUCUAUUUUGAGAACUCGCCAAAUCCAGGAUACGAAAGGUCCGCUUCUCCGCAGGGGAACCUGUCAUAUACAUCACAGGACGGCGAAGUCUCGACAGGUGAUUUUCGUUUUGAGGUUUUCCAGAAUGAAGAUGAUACGGAGAAUCUUGAAAUUACGCUUUUGUUUGCGAAAGCUGCUUUUUUCAACUUGGAUGAGGAGAAUUUAGGGUCCAUGCUCAAAACCGCUAAUGAAGUCACACAUGUCUUUGAUUGUUACAAAAAAUUCACGGAUAUUUUGCAUAAAAUUAAGAAGCUUCGAAAUACAACAGGUGCCCUUUCAACCAAUGAUGAGAUGAAGCAUGAGCAUUUAAUUGUGCAGACUGCCGCUAUUAAUGUGUCAGUUUCAGUGGCUAGUGAUUUGAAGCUUGAAAUUGGGAUCCUUCCUGUUUGCUAUGACUCUAUAAAGGACGGAUUGAAUAUUGCAUCCAUUACUGGAAAUUUAACGCUUGACGACCAUAAAAUUGAGUCAUAUUUCAAUGUCGACAACAUAAAUGUACUCCAUGAAGCAAGGGAGUUCCGAGCAUUCAUCCAACCCAGCACUGUAAACGCAAGCGGGUCCCCGUUUUUGCGUGCGUCAAAUUUGAAUACUUCUUUGAGCGUGUCAAUUCUGAAUAUUGAGUUUGUUUCAAAAUUGAAUCACCUCAAGCUUUUGACGAAGGAAUUACAGAGACUAGUUGGCUCUUUGCUGGACAAAUUGGCAGAUACGCAGACCUUCUUGUCUAAGCCCGAGAAGCGCGUGAAGCUUGAUCAAUCAAACUAUAUGUUGUCUUCCACAAGCAAUAUCAGUGGGAACAGAAGAGCUGGGAUUGGUCUCACCAGAAGUCUUUUACAAAUGCCUGGAAGUCAUCGCUCGAGUCAGGCAAACUACUGUAUUGAUGUGGCAAGUAUCAGCAUUCAAGUAGAUGACAUUUUGCCCAAAUUUGGAAGCAUUAGAACCGACGUGACUGACAUUAAGCUCUUCAAAUUGAAGAAUGAUAUCCUUGGCUCUAUACAUGCUUUGAAAACUGUGCGGAUGAGGGACAAUGUUGAGGAGGAUGUCCUUUAUCACUAUUUAGACCUAGAUGCAUCUUCGAUAGAGGUGCCAUUGGUGACUUUAAAGUACAAGUCGUUGGAAAGAAGCUCGACUUUGGAGGUUCAUGCUCAAGAUUUUGCUUUGGAAUAUUAUACACACUGGCUCACGUUGUUUGGUAAAGAUGAAUCGAUAAUUGAACAUGUAGAGGAAGAGUUGAUUGACACAGCACCAUCCAAGAAGCAGCCCUCUUUGCAUCGUUUUGACAUUAGGCUAACUUUGUACAAUUGCUUGUUGGGGCUAAACGCUGGCCGGUUAAAGUGCAAGGGCUAUUUGACAGUAUCCAAGGCCAAUGUUGACUUUGUGUUUGGGGUCUACCAGUCUCACAUUAAAAGUUCUAUCCGUGAUAUUGCUAUACUUUUGGUUGAUGAUUUGAAAAAUGUGGCAUUGAGUGAGGACCCCAAGAUUGAUGGCUCAAGAGACCAAACAACGGCAACUGACAUUUUGAUAAAUCAAGGAUAUGUCCAAAUUGGGUCAGUCAACUUGGCGCAUAUUGGUUUAACUUUCAACACUAAUAUAGAUGAAAUCAGACGCAAAAAUCACGAGUUACAAAUUAGGGAUGGGUUGUCUAUUAUUGAGUUCAAAAUCAACUCCGAUGAGGUCCGAUUGGACUUGUGUGCAGAUUCGGCGAAUACAUUCACACAGAUGAUUAGUGAUUUAAAAUUGCCUUAUGAUUUCGAUGACAAGGACAAAAUGAAGAUCGAUGUCAAUGAAGACGUGAAUGUCUUGAGUGGCAUUGACAGCAGCAUGUUCAAAAACAUUACAGAAUCGUUUGCCGAAAUGGAUUUAAAUGAAGAGCCAGUAUCUGUAGAGGCAACUUCUGCCUCUAGCUCGGGUUUAGAGUUUGAAGAUGAACAUUUUGAUUAUGUUUCAAGUUACAAAUCCGACGUCGAAGGGAUAGAUCCUUUAAAAGUUAGCAUCAACUUAUCUAGAGUGCAGGUUUUCUUAUAUGAUGGUUAUGAUUGGAAAGAUACAAGAAGGGCGAUUCGAGGCGCUGUCAAAAAAAUUGAAGCAGAACAAAAAAGGGGAGAGGAAGGAGGCGGCAGUAGUGUCAGUCAACCAGACACUAUCGAAGGAACACAGGCUGCUGACUCAGCUGCCGCCGAACUGGACACGCAACUGGUAUUUGAAGAAACUUUGUACAAGUCCAUACACGUUAGUGCUCCAAAGACUGCGAAAGGUAAUGAUUUAACCAAAAGCAUUAAUCUUGGUCUUCAAAAUGAUGAAGGGGUGUCUGAUGAUCAGAAAGAUAAAAUUGACGCUAAUAUAAAAAGAGGUAAAAAUUACAAGAACCUCAAGUUGAGAAGGUCUGCUUCUCACAAGGUGGUGACUGAUUUGAAAAGCAUUGAUAUUGGUGUUGUGGUGUAUUCCACUAGAGACCCCAGACGUGACAAGACUGAUCCAAGCAUGAAAGUUGAGCUUUUGAAUUUAGUUGAGUUAAGCUUGGGGAAUGUGGACGUGUAUGACAAUGUUCAAUCCUCUACUUGGAACAAACUUCUUUCAUAUAUGAACAUACUAGGAGAGAGAGAGGUUGGAACAAGCAUGGCAAAAGUAAGCAUACUCAACGUAAGGCCCAAGCCAAAUUUAGUUGCAGUUGAAGCAAUCAUGAAGGUUUCCAUUUUGCCGUUGAGGCUUCAUAUUGACCAAGAUACGUUGGACUUUAUUACACGUUUCUUUGAUUUCAAAGAUUCAAGAUUUGAGCUCCCACUAGAUGAGAUUUUGUACAUUCAAAAAUUUGAGAUUAGCCCUAUCAAAUUAAAAGUUGAUUACAAGCCCAAAAAAGUGGAUUUUGUUGGGCUUAGGUCAGGCAGAACUGCCGAGUUUGCCAACUUUUUCAUCUUGGAUGGUUCGAAAAUUACUUUACCGAGAGCUCAUUUAUUUGGCUUGCUGGGCGUACCGGAAUUGAUGCGUGGCUUGGGUAAAGCGUGGGCACCAGUUUUCCAACUGACCCAGGUGUUGGGUAUUGUGUCUGGGGUAUCUUCCUUGCGAUCAGUAGUCAACAUUGGUGGUGGAUUCAAGGAUUUGUACGUUGUGUCACGUAAGGAGUACCAGAAGGAUGGUCGGUUUUGGAGAAGUCUUCAAAAGGGAACGAGCUCGUUUGCCAAGACUACGGGGUACGAGUUGGUCAACAUGGGUGUGAAGCUUGCUUCUGGCACACAGGUUUUGUUGGAACAAGGAGAAGAAAUGUUGGGUGGAGAAGGCUCUUUGUCGAGAGCAAAUCAAGUUGCAGCUCGUCGUGGGUCGGAUGAUGGGUCAGACACUUCGAUCGAUUUGAAUGAAGCUAAGAGUAGGGGAGAGAAUGUUGGCGCUGGCGGUAAUAUUCUUUUGAGUUCACAAAUCUUGAGUAAGCAGGCUGCAGAAAAAUAUGGAAAUGAUUUACAAUUCAAUGGACAGAAGAAGAUGUAUUCCAAUUUUGAGUUUGACGAUGAAGGAGAUGUCAAUUUCGGAGUCGAUAAGGAAUUUUUGAACAAGUCAAUCUUUUUGCUUCCAGGGUCAGAUGAGCGUGAUAUCAAGAAGCUUGACAGUAUCAAUGAGAGUGACGAAGAUGGACAUCUGGUGACAACUGCUGAUGGCUUGGCAACUAUUGCAGACGGUACUGAAGAUGAUGACAACGAAUACGAUGUCUAUGCCCUUGAAGAAAGUAACGAGGAUGAAUUGAAGGAGAAAAUGGUUAGCUUGUAUUCCAACCAGCCGGAAACAUUCCAACAAGGUCUUGUAUCUGCAUACAAGUCACUUGGUAAAAACUUUAAGUUAACUGGUAAGCAGUUGAAGAAAUUGAAGAAAGAAUUGCACAAACAAGAAACGAUGCAAGACUCCGUUAUGACGGUUUUGAAAAAUUCACCAGUUAUAUUGAUUAGACCAAUGAUUGGAACCACAGAAGCACUAUCUAAAGCAUUGAUGGGGAUCGGGAAUGUUAUAGAUCCCAAGCAUAUGGUUGAAAUCAAGGACAAGUAUCGAAGCGAAGGUAGCGAUGAGGGAAGAUGA